AUGCUUUCUCGUCAGUGGCUGUCAGCCUGCAAACAAGGCGGUGGCAGUGGCCUAUUAUUCCAACCAUGGCGGAGGUUUUCAAUCUUUCGUAAGACCGCUGGCUACUACCAAGCGCCAUCAUGCAUUCGAGCGCUCUCGUCACUUCCUAAUUCAAAAAUAUUUCAGGCUCUUCAGUCUCACAAUCCUUCAAACUUGGCUGUGGUACACAGUAAAUCAGGCCGUGCUUUUACAUACAGCAAUCUCCUGAGUGAUGUGGCACGCUCCAAGGAGUUACUUGAGUAUGAAAGCGGUUCGCUAUCAGGCCAUAGAAUUGCGUUUCUAGCAGAAAAUAGCUAUGACUACGUGGUGAUGCUCUUGUCCAUUUUAGCCACUGAUGCUAUCGCACUGCCGCUCUCUCCGGCAUUUCCGCUUGCUGAGCUUAAAUAUAUUCUAGAUAACUCAGAGACCAAGGUUUUACUUGCAACUGAGCAAUAUGCAAGCAAGACUCGAGAGCUUGUAACUGCCGGCCUUGAAUUCAACCCGAAAGUUCAUAUAUCCUAUAAGAUCAUGCAGGGAUCAGCUCUUUCUCAACCCAUAGCACUCCAAGAUACUAAGCGCUCAAAUGGCGGUCUCAUGUUGUAUACAUCGGGUACUACAAAUCGACCGAAAGGGGUACUUCUUCCACUAUCUGCGUUGGAAGCACAAGCUCAAUCGUUGAUUGAGGCAUGGAAAUAUUCUUCACAAGACUAUCUUUUGCAUGUUCUUCCACUUCAUCAUAUACACGGCACAGUCAAUGCAGUUAUAACACCUAUCCUCGCUGGCUCAGCUAUCGAGUUCAUGUAUCCAUUCAACCCAACAACAGUGUGGCAUCGACUUGCUAGACCUUUUCUAGAAAAGAGCAGCACGGAGUCUAAGAAGAAAAUUACGUUCUUAACUGCCGUUCCCACCCUCUGGACCCGAUUAAUGGAAACCAUAUCGGAUUUGAAACCCGAAGUCCAGACUGCAGCCAAACAAGCGAUUUCCUACGAAAACCUACGACUGAAUAUAUCUGGGUCGGCGGCACUUCCGGCCCCUACGAAGAAAGCUUGGACCGAGCUAAGUCAUGGAAACGUUCUUCUAGAGCGCUACGGUAUGACGGAGGUCGGCAUGGCUAUCAGCUGUGGCCUAGACCCAGUAGACCGAGUAGAUGGUAGCGUGGGGUGGCCGUUACCUUCAGUCGAAGUGAGACUUUGGGAUGUGGACAAAAAUGAAGUCAUUCAGUCUGGCGAAGAGACUGACGCAGACGGCCGCGAAAGGGUUGGCGAGAUCCAACUGCGAGGUCCCACAAUCUUUCGUGAAUACUUUCGAAACCAUCAGGCUACAAUCGAGUCAUUUGUUGAUAAUAACGACGGAAAAGGCCGUUGGUUCCGCACAGGAGAUGUCGCUGUGCGAAGAGAAGUGGCAGGCUCUGGUACAGGAGUCAGUGGUGAGUGGGCUAAAGGGCCCAUGUACUUCAUCCAAGGCCGGUUGAGUGUCGACAUUAUCAAGACAGGGGGUGAAAAAGUGAGUGCGCUCGAGGUUGAGCGGGAGUUAUUAUCGCUACCUGAAAUCGCAGAGGCUGCCGUGGUUGGUUUACCGUCCGAGAAAUGGGGACAAAAGGUGGCUGCUGUGGUCGUCCUCAACAAGGCAACAGCUCAAGAUGCUGGCCGUGCAGGCAAGCCAUGGGGUAUGAUGGAUAUGCGGCGGGCGUUGAAAGGCCAUCUCGCAAUGCAUAAGCUGCCUCAGGAAUUGAGAAUCUUGCCCAAGGCGAUUCCGCGUAAUGCCAUGGGGAAGGUUAAUAAAAAGCAGCUCGUGAAAGAGUUUUUUUGCCGCUAA